AUGAUUAUCUACAAGGACAUUUUCUCUGGUGACGAAUUGUUGUCUGAUGCUUACGACGUCAGCGAAGUCGAAGGUGCUGUUUACGAAGCUGACUGUUCCAUGGUGAAGGUCGGUGGUGAAAACAUCGAUAUCGGUGCUAACCCAUCAUCUGAAGGUGGUGAGGAAGGUGUUGAAGACAGUGCUGAAGUUGUUAACAACGUUGUCCACUCUUUCCGUUUGCAACAAACUGGUUUCGACAAAAAAUCCUUCGUUUCUUACAUCAAGGGUUACAUGAAGGCUGUCAAGGCUAAAUUGCAAGAAACCAACCCAGACGCCAUCCCUGUCUUUGAAAAGGGUGCUCAAGCUUAUGUCAAGAAGAUCUUGGGUUCUUUCAACGACUGGGAAUUUUUCACCGGUGAAUCUAUGGACCCAGAUGCUAUGGUUGUUAUGUUGAACUACCGUGAAGACGGUGUCACUCCAUUCGUUGCCAUCUGGAAACACGGUGUCUCUGAAGAAAAGAUCUAA